GGUCCAUAUUCCACUAACACCCUGCUACAUAACUUCCGCCUCAACCGUAACCCUAGAAUUCCCUGUCCUGCUCUCUCUCUCUCUCUUCAAGAAGUCGAAGAAGCAACAGGCGUUCGAUCUGCAAGACAACCAGAAAUCUAACAUGGGUAAGGUUCACGGAUCACUGGCUCGUGCCGGUAAGGUUAGAGGCCAAACACCAAAGGUGGCCAAGCAGGAUAAGAAGAAGAAGCCCCGUGGUCGUGCUCACAAGCGCAUGCAGUACAAUCGACGUUUCGUCACCGCUGUUGUUGGCUUUGGAAAGAAGAGGGGACCAAAUUCGUCUGAGAAGUAAGCUUGAAGAUGGGUAGCUUAUAGGUGAAGAUAUUAGUUUAUCGGAUGAAUUGUUAUUUUGACUAUGUGAUAGUGUUUUAAAUUUUUGGAGUUCACUUCUAUUUGUCUCUAUUUUCCCGACUAAUGCUUAUUUUGUUAGCUACAAUUUAGAAGUUUUAAUCAAAUGUGUUGGAUUUAAGUUUACAACGGGUUCUAAUAUUUGUUUUUGCCUGAUUGUUUGCUAGACUCUGGAAUUUAAAUCUGUUAAUUUAUAAUUCCAUAAUUUGAUGGCUACACGAUUUGCACUCGGGCA